AGGGUUUUCGUGCUUUAUUAUUAUAGGGCAAUUAACAACACCACCAUCAUCAAGGAAUAAAAGCCAGAGCAAUUCAGACCAAAAGAACACCAGCAGUUCAGCACCCUCGGCCACUACAAUUUUCCCGGUGGAUUCUGUUCCUUCUAUCGGCUUUUCUUUUUUUUUUUUUUUUAAUGUUUCUUAAUUUUCGAAUUUGUUUUAAUCAAAAGUUUCAAACUCGAAUAAUUUAUCAGCCACCGAAAAUGCUGUUUCAAAACUCUGUUAAUUUGGGGUCUCAUCGAAUUCGUUCGUUAUUUGAUCUAUUUUGUUCAUUUGAUACUAUUUGAUAAUCGAGAUGUUUUGAGUACUUUGUGGAUUUAAACAAUGUUUUUUAAUGUGCUUUUCUUAUGGCCACGCCUGGGGUUAAUAAAACAUUUAUUUUAUUGUUAAGAAUACAGUAAAAUUAAGGAGAUUUUUAAUUAAAGCCGCCCGGUUCCCAGAAAACAAUCGGGUUCAAAUCCACCAUUAUUUUUCCGCCCCAAUUUUUUCACCGUCGUCUCCAUCCUCUUUCUCUGGGAGCGAUUUUCCGUCGCUCACUGGCCUUCCCUCCGCCUUCCUCCAUCCAUCUUUUUUCAACUUCAUUACUAAUUUCUGAACAUAAAAGUGUUUUUGAAGCUGUCCUCAAUUCAAUUCAUAAAAAUCUAAAUCGAAGAGAAAUCCCAGUCACCUGUAAUUUUCCGAAUUGUUUCUAUGUCUUUUGCUUCUUUUUCUUUUUUUUUUUUUCUUUCUUUUUUCUUUUUCCUUUUGGUUUGAAAUUGUGAACAUGAAUAUUUUGUUGUUUUGUUUCUAUGAAUUUUUUUCCUUACAUGGCAGACUCAAAUUUGUGCAGUUCCAUAAAUGGCGCAUAGGCUAUUGAGAGACGUCGAAGCUGAUGGAUGGGAGAGAUCGGACUUUCCAAUCAUCUGCGAGUCUUGCCUCGGCGACAACCCUUAUGUUCGAAUGUCAAAGGAAGAGUAUGGUAAGGAGUGCAAGAUAUGUACGAGGCCUUUCACAGUUUUUAGGUGGAGGCCUGGUCGUGACGCGAGGUACAAAAAGACUGAGAUUUGUCAGACUUGCAGCAAGCUGAAAAAUGUUUGUCAAGUUUGUCUUCUGGAUCUCGAGUAUGGGUUGCCUGUUCAGGUUCGAGAUACUGCACUUAGCAUCAAUUCAAACGAUGCUAUUCCAAAGAGUGAUGUCAACAGAGAAUACUUCGCUGAGGAGCAUGAUCGCAAGGCAAGGGCUGGAAUAGAUUAUGAAUCUUCAUAUGGGAAGGUGCGACCAAGUGACACUAUUCUCAAGCUGCAGAGAACAACUCCUUAUUACAAGAGGAAUCGUGCACAUGUUUGCAGUUUUUAUGUUCGUGGUGAAUGUACAAGGGGUCUUGAGUGCCCAUAUCGGCACGAGAUGCCUGUGACUGGAGAAUUAUCUCAGCAAAAUAUCAAAGAUCGUUACUAUGGAAUUAAUGAUCCUGUGGCCAUGAAACUACUUAGCAAGGCUGGUGAAAUGCCUUCUCUUGAGCCCCCUGAAGACGAGAGCAUUAGAACUCUCUAUGUGGGUGGAAUUGAUAAAAGAAUUACUGAGCAGGACCUGAGAGAUCAUUUCUAUGCUCAUGGAGAAAUUGAAUCCAUCAAGAUGGUGUUAGCCAAAGCUUGUGCUUUUGUAACUUACACGACUAGAGAAGGUGCUGAGAAAGCGGCUGAAGAACUUGCAAACAAGCUAGUUAUUAAAGGCCUUCGGUUAAAGCUAUUCUGGGGGAAACCGCAAGCACUAAAGCCUGAGUCUGAAGUGUCGGAUGAAGCAAGGCAGCAGGUGGCUCAUAGUGGACUGUUGCCGAGGUCUGUUAUAUCACAGCAGCAGAACCUGCCUCUUCAGCCACCUGGCACGCAGGACCAACCCCAGGCAAUGCCUUACUUUAAUAUUCCUCCCUUGCCGCAACAUGAUAGGGCAUAUUAUCCUUCGAUGGAUCCUCAGAGAAUGGGUGCCCUUGUUCCAUCUCAAGAGGGGUCUUCUAGUGGACCAUCAGUAUCAGGUGAUAACAAAGGAGUCGGGCAACAUUAUUCUCAUCCACCCAUGCCACGACCUCCUUCUCAAGGUCAAUAUUAUCAGCCUUACUAUCCUCCUCCACCAUACGGGUAUAUGCCACCUCCCCAGCAACCUUAUCAUCAAUAUCCUCCAUAUCAGUCCUCUAUGGCUCCACCACCCCCUGGUAAUCAGCACCUACCUCCUUAUCAACCAAGAAUGCCCGACCAAUCUGCCUAUCAGCAGAGGCCACCUGCUGGGAUGGAUCAGCAACAUCCUCCUCAAUCUCAAACGGCGCCACCGCCCAGCAGCAGCAACCAGCCAUCAUCUGAGCCAAAGGAACCAGAAGGGUCAGCAAACCUGAGUCACCAGGCUGGAGCUCCUCAGCCCACAAGUAGUGAGCAAAGCGAGGCAAAUCAAGAGCAGUCAUGAUCUUUUUAGCUUUAUUUUUUGUGUUUAUUAAUUUGAUCCUUAUAUUCUCACAUACAACUUGCCAAAGAUUAUAUCUGAAGUUUGUAGUCCUGCAAAAUUAAGCUUUUUGAUUUGGUAAUGCAUUAUUAAGAUUCUGUAUUUGCCGCGUUCUAUUUAAUGGAUUCUACAGUAGACCUAUUUUUUAUUUGUGAUCUAAAUGACUAGGAUUAUUGUGAAGAUCUUUGCCGUGAAGGAAUGGCAAUAGAUGUAUUACAAGUUUUGGUCUUGUUCUUAUGACGUGGUGACUGGUACUUGCUUUGCUGAUCUAAUGCCCGCGGCAGAAUAUAUCCAGAAUAUGCAGCUGCCAGACCACUUGCUUGCACGCCAUAUGUUCAGGUUGUAGCGUUCGUCAAAGUUAUCUAUCCAAAGUCUCUCUGUAUUGAAACGAAUUAAUCAUUUUAUUCCAAUUACUAGUUACUAGUUAAUAUUUUCUUCCUUUUUAAUUAUAAUUUUUUUUAUUUUGGAACAAAGUUGACUGCGU